GGCCGGCCGGCUCGGAGGAGCCUUGUCACAGGAGAGGAGAACAUUGUCACGGGAGAACAGACCAAGAGCACUGUUGUGGUGAGGAGAUGGCGGAGGCGGAGGCGGAGGCCGUGCAGCUGAAGGAGGAGGGGAACCGGCUCUUCCAGCUCCAGGACUACAAGGCCGCGACAAAGAGCUACGGCCAGGCCCUGAAGCUGACCAAGGAUAAGUCUCUGAAGGCCACUCUCUAUCGGAACCGGGCGGCCUGUGGCCUGAAAACGGGGAGCUACGUUCAGGCGGCUUCAGACGCCUCCAGAGCCAUCGACAUCAACUCCUCGGACAUCAAGGCCCUGUAUCGGCGAUGCCAGGCCCUGGAGCACCUGGGGAAGCUGGACCAGGCCUUCAAGGACGUGCAGCGCUGUGCCACCCUCCAGCCGCAGAACCAGAACUUCCAGGAGACAUUGCGGAGGCUCAACACAAGCAUCCAGGAGAAGCUCCGUGUGCAGUUCUCCACAGACUCGAGGGUACAGAAGAUGUUUGAGAUCCUCCUGGACGAACACAGUGAAGCUGGUAAACGGGAGAAGGCUGCCAACAACCUCAUUGUUCUGGGCCGUGAGGAAGCAGGGGCAGAAAGGAUCUUCCAGAACAAUGGAGUGGCCCUGCUUCUGCAGCUGAUGGACACCAAGCGGCCGGAGCUGGUGCUGGCGGCCGUGCGCACCCUGUCGGGCAUGUGCAGUGGCCACCAGGCCAGGGCCACGGCGAUUCUCCACGCGGUCCGGAUAGACCGAGUCUGCAGCCUCAUGGCGGUGGGGAACGAGGAGAUGUCUCUGGCCGUCUGCAACCUGCUCCAGGCUGUCAUCGACUCUCUGACCGGGGAGGACAAGCGGGAGCAUCGUGGGAAGGAGGAGGCCCUGGUUCUAGACACCAAGAAGGACCUGAAGCAGAUCACCAAUCACCUGCUUGACAUGCUGGUCAGCAAGAAGGUGUCAGGCCUGGGCAGGGACCAGGCCCUGAACCUGCUCAAUAAGAACGUCCCCAGGAAGGACCUGUCCGUCCACGACAACUCACGCACCAUCUACGUGGUGGAUAACGGCCUGCGGAAGGUCCUGAAGGUCGUGGGGCAGGUCCCAGACCUGCCGUCCUGCCUGCCCCUGACCGACAACACCCGCAUGCUGGCCUCCAUCCUCAUCAACAAGCUCUACGAUGACCUGCGCUGUGACCCAGAACGCGAUCACUUCCGCAAGAUCUGCGAGGAGUACAUCACGGGCAAGUUUGACCCCCAGGACAUGGACAAGAAUGUGAUUGCCAUCCAGACAGUGUCGGGGAUCCUGCAGGGCCCCUUUGACCUGGGCAAUCAGCUGCUGGGGCUGAAAGGGGUCAUGGAGAUGAUGGUAGCACUGUGUGGCUCGGACCGGGAGGCAGACCAGCUGGUGGCCGUGGAGGCCCUCAUUCACGCCUCCACCAAGCUCAGCCGGGCCACGUUCAUCAUCACCAACGGCGUGUCGCUGCUCAAACAGAUCUACAAGACCACCAAAAACGAGAAGAUCAAGAUCCGCACGCUGGUGGGACUCUGCAAGCUUGGUUCUGCUGGCGGCACAGACUAUGGUCUCAGGCAGUUUGCUGAAGGGUCCACGGAGAAGCUGGCCAAACAGUGUCGCAAGUGGCUGUGCAAUCCCUCCAUAGACACCCGGACCCGGCGAUGGGCCGUGGAGGGCAUGGCCUACCUCACGCUGGACGCCGACGUGAAGGACGAAUUUGUGCAGGACCUCCCUGCCCUGCAGGCCAUGUUUGAGCUGGCCAAGACCUCUGACAAGACCAUCCUGUACUCGGUGGCCACCACCCUGGUGAACUGCACCAACAGCUAUGAUGUCAAGGAGGUCAUCCCCGAGCUCGUACAGCUGGCCAAGUUCUCCAAGCAGCAUGUGCCCGAGGAGCACCCCAAGGACAAGAAAGACUUCAUAGAAAUGCGGGUGAAGCGGCUCCUGAAGGCCGGCGUCAUCUCUGCGCUGGCCUGCAUGGUGAAAGUGGACAGCGCCAUCCUUACCGACCAGACCAAAGAGCUGCUGGCCAGGGUAUUCCUGGCACUGUGUGACAACCCAAAGGACCGAGGCACCAUUGUGGCUCAAGGUGGUGGCAAGGCCCUGAUCCCCCUGGCUCUGGAGGGCACUGACGUGGGCAAGGUGAAGGCAGCCCAUGCCCUGGCAAAGAUCGCUGCGGUCUCCAACCCGGACUUGGCCUUCCCCGGGGAGCGGGUGUACGAGGUGGUGCGGCCCCUCGUGAGCCUCCUGGACACACAGAGGGACGGGCUGCAGAACUACGAGGCCCUGCUCGGCCUCACCAACCUGUCCGGGCGGAGCGAGAAGCUGCGGCAGAAGAUCUUUAAGGAGAGGGCCCUGCCAGACAUCGAGAACUACAUGUUCGAGAACCACGACCAGCUGCGGCAGGCAGCCACCGAGUGCAUGUGCAACAUGGUGCUGAACAAGGAGGUGCAGGAGAGGUUCCUGGCUGAUGGGAACGACCGGCUGAAGCUGCUGGUGCUGCUUUGCGGGGAGGACGACGAAAAGGUGCAGAACGCAGCCGCGGGGGCCCUGGCCAUGCUGACGGCAGCCCAGCAGAAACUGUGCCUCAAGAUGACCCAAGUGACAACUCAGUGGUUGGAGAUCCUACAGAGGCUUUGCCUGCACGACCAGCUCCGCAUCCAACACCGGGGCCUAGUCGUCGCCUACAACCUGCUGGCGGCCGACGCGGAGCUGGCCAAGAAGCUGGUGGAGAGCGAGCUGCUGGAGAUCCUGACCGUGGUGGGCAAGCAGGAGCCGGAUGAGAAGAAGGCGGCGGUGGUUCAGACAGCCCGGGAAUGUCUCGUCAAGUGCAUGGACUACGGCUUCAUUAAACCAGUGUCUUAGGCAGGGGCCCACGGGCAUGCGGGGCCGACCCCGGGCCGGGAACUCCCGAGGCGUCAGUCCAUCUAGGGAUCAUAGCAGUGACGAUGGCAUCUCCAUAAAAUUAGGAAAAAAACCUUGGUUUUUCUUGAGUCGUGAAUCUUCCUCUUUGCCCCAAGUUUGUCUGUGUCACUGGCUCUCUUGCUCCCUGUCUCCCCACACCUGCCAUCGUCUAGAAGUUCCUAGAGUAAUUUUUAUCUGUAAUUUGGAGGGCAGGUUGGAUAAUUCUGUACCCAUCCCAAAGGCCAGGAUAAAGGGCUGAAGGUCUUUAUAUCUGGGGAACUGACUCGUGUAGUAAGGUAAGAGCCCGCAGGUGCGUGGAUUUAGAGGUCAGUGCCUGGACGUGGGCCUGUGUGGUCUCCACGCCCGCUCUCCCGUCUGACCGCCUGGCUGAGGCUGCUUCGGGCUGCAUGUCCCAGCUCAGUGCCCGGUCCCAGUCCCGUGUCCCAUCCCCUCACUCAACUGGGAUGGAAAUGCAGCCCCUGUUCAACAGUGUGACAGGAUCUGUGCAACCGGCUUGGGAAAAUCUUCCAAGCAAGAUGGGCAAUGCUGAAUAUAAAUGAAAUCAACGCAAAGUACUUGAAUAAAAAAAAUUUCAUUUCA